AUGAACGGCACAGGCAGCGCAGGCGCGGGACCGCAGAGGAAAUCCACGGGCAACGAAAUGAGCGAGAAGCUGCUGCAGGGCUGGGCGAUGCUCGCCAUGCACUGCCCCGUGUGCUUCAACCCCAUCCUCCGUAGCAGAGCGGGGGAGAAGCGGUGCGUCGUUUGUGACCUACCCGUUAUAGAGGAGGCAGAUGCCCCGGCCCAGAUGACGCCACAAGAGCCAGCUCAGCAGCAGCAGCAGGGAGGAAGGGUCCAGGAAGAUGCGGCAGGCUGGGAGAAGGAGGAAGAAGCAGAGGGGGAAAAGAGCAGAGGUCAGAGAGAAGGAGAGGUGGAGAGGGCAGUCGAGGACGGCCUUGUAUCGGGGGCGCUAUUAGAGAGGAUGACGGGAGGUCAGCAAAGACAAGAUUUGCCGCCUAUUGGCACAGUACCAGCUGCAACGCCUCCUAGCACGGUGGCAGCAGCUGCCACUGCCACUGCCACUCCCUCGGCGGCUCCCUCAACUGCUGCUCCCUCGGUUGCUGGAGGAACGGCAAAUGGCUCUAUCGCUCCCCUCCUGCCAUCCCCAAGUGCUGUCCCCGCCUAUCUGCCGGUCCCCGGCAUGUUGCCCCCUCUACCGGGUGUACCGUCCUCCUUACGAGACACGUCUAUGAGCGCGGUGAAUGCAGCUGCUAAUGAUGCCCUUAUUGGUGCUCUGCGGGCCGCUGUCACCCAACUGCAGCGAGCGCAAAAGGCCCUGGAGUGCACAUCCGACUUGCAGCAAACGCAACAGCUCCUGGGCAUCAUUGUGGAGUGUGCGCGGGCUAUCAAGGAAAUCCAGCCAUUGGUUCGCCCGAUGUGA